CAUUCUUCUCGUGUUACUUAUUAAUUUGCGUUGCGGCACGUUUGGUUACCGGCUGGUAACAUUUAUAUACUGACGCUUCCAGCCAUAUAUAAAUAUACCGUAGUGGCCCUGGGUUCGAUUGUGCAUGCUUGACUUUCUUAGGCGAAUUAGCGAUUUACACUUGGAUUCUGAAUCGUUAUCUGCAUCGACAGUAAUCAUGCAUACCGUCGGCUUCAGAAUUCUGUUACCGGUAGCAGCGCUGGUUUGCAGCUGCAGUGGUCUGGAUUUUGUGAUUUUCGGGCCGAAGACCGUGCACUCGGGAAAGACACUGCCCGUUUCCAUUCUGUGCCACAAUGCAUCAUCCAAUGUGAAAGUGGAUGUCACGCUCCUACCCCAGUUGUCAAGCUGGGAAGAUUCAGAUGAUGAUGGGGAUAACCCUCUAAACCGAAAUUCAGAAUGGAAAUUCAAGUUUAAGAAAUCUUUCGUUAUCAAGCCGAACCAGCUAAGCCAAUUGGAACUUCCGAUUGGCGAUCUAUCUAGCUAUGUCAAAACUCGCCCCCGGAAUAACGUGAUCUUGAAGAUUAAUGGAUCGGAUUACGAUGAUUUCUUCGAUCGCGACGUUAGAGAUAUUAAAGUUAUUGACGGUGAUGAGCAGGAUGCCGCGAAAAAGCAGUUCGCUUUUGUCCAGACUGACCAGCCUCUGUAUAAAGCCAAAGACACCAUUCACUUCCGUAUUGUCACUGUGGACCAGCAACUGGUUCCUGUUUAUAUUCCAUUGACUGUGCAAAUACGGGACCCACAAAACAACAUAAUUAAACAAUAUUCCAAUGCUUCAGACCCUAAUGUGUUGGGCUAUUUUGCCGGCGAUGUCCAGUUGUCUUCGGAACCGUUGUUGGGUGCGUGGAAGAUCGAAGCCCGUAGUUCUAAUGGAGAAAACAUCAUCGGUAGCAAGGAAUUCUCUGUCGAUGAAUAUGUUUUGCCGCGAUUUGGCGUUAAAAUUUUGUCUACCCCGACUUACGUGACCCCGUCAGACUCUGAACUGAAUUUUUUCGUGGAAGCAAACUACACUUUUGGAGAGCCGGUUAAAGGAAAACUGGAAGUAACCGUCAUCGCACCACCGAAAUGGUCGGAUGAAGUGCUGCGUAUCGGUUUUGAGAGCAAUUCUCAGCCUUCUCCCCUGAACAAAACUAUCCAGAUCGCGGACUUUAACGGACGAGCAGCGAUUAAUGUUCCUCUGAGUUCUGUAUUGGACAAGGAUCGAAAGUACAACUCCUACGAUAGACUCGAGAUCCGUGCUAACUUUACGGAAACCCUGACUGGUCAAACACGGAAUGUCUCCACGUUAAUUUCAAUCACCAAUAAGGCCUACAAACUGGACCUGUUAAGCAAUCCCGAUACCUUUUUGCCCGGUUUCCCGUACACGCUGCGCGCUCGAGUGGCUGACUUGACCGGACGUCCACUGCCGCCAAGCACGAAGCAGUUAGGCAUCGAGGUCUCAUUCUACGAUAAACGUGCUAGUUGGGGGAAAAGGAUUUCCAGUGACAAAAAUCUGAACGAAAGUGUAGUUGUUCAUGAUUCGGAUGAUAAUGACAGUGACGAUGAUGUUCCGAUGGGCCCGCUUCGAUCAACCUCCAGCGAUGAUGUGGGAUUUUCUCACCGACGGCAUCGUCCGUUUCCUUGGCCACGCCCUCCUCGACCAUCCCCUAAACCCAUUCCUGCAGAAAAAAUUUCCAUUGCGGUUCCGGCUGAUGGAUUCAUCAGGACGGAUAUCCCAACUCCCAAGCAGGCGCGUCGAAUGGAAUUAAAGGUCAUCUACAUGGAAGAGGAGAAAAGUCUGACGGUUAAGGGAAAAGAGUCGCCAAGUAGCAGUUUCCUUGACAUUAAGCCGUUGACAGACAAUCUGCAGACCGGAAAAAGCGGGAGUUUUGGUGUCAAUAUGACCACGCGGACGAACGAAGUUAUCCACUUUCUGGUUCAAUCUAAUUCAAACGAUAGCUUCCUCUGGAGUAACUCAACUUCAGAAGCUGGCUCGUAUGUUGUUAUUUCCGUUCCUCUGCUGGAAUCCAUGGGCCGCAUCGGUCGGUUAAUGGUGUAUUACGUCCGUGCGGAUAAAGAAAUUGUGGGAAAUAUCCUGGUGUUGUCGCCUGCGUUGGGAAUGAAGAACGAUGUUAAUAUUACGGCGCAGCCAAGUAGCGGUUUGGGUUACGCUAAACCCGGGGAAGAUGCAUCCUUUAAGGUCACCACAAGUCCUUUGUCUUUUGUGGCUUUUCUGGCUAUGGACGAAGGUUUGCUGUUAAUGAAAAGUGGGAACGAUAUUUCCUCAGACGAGGUGAAUACGGUUGCGAACAAAGACAAAUUCACGCUCUCUGAUCUCUACUCGACUCAGGAUUAUUUUGAGACCGCGUACACUUCCGGACAGUUCAUCCUAACCAAUGAUAAACUGACCAGUUCGACGGAAACAGAACCCUUUUACUACAGACCUUUCAGUUAUAACACCUGGGCCGAAGAAAGCAUUCCCAUCUUGGGGGCAGCGCCCAACUCCUUCCGCGGCAUGGCCAGCGCUGCGCCGCAAAGUAGUCAAAUAUCUCUAGGAAUGUCUGCUCCUGAUAUCUUUGGUGGAGCGUCCGCUGCCAACGCUGUUUCUAGUAGCAGCCAAAUUUUUCGCGCGCCACAUGUCCAAGAAAUUACUACACCGGUGCCCCCAGCGACCUCGGAAUCCAGCAAAGAAGCUGACAAUGUACAGGCGCCGGCUCAAACGCGAAAAGAUUUUCGUCAGAGCUUUUUGUUUGAAACUGCGGCGGCUGAUGCGAAUGGGUUUACGGAAAUCCACUCCAAAGUACCUGACUCAAUUACCACAUGGAAAAUUUCGGCCUUCAGUCUAAACAAUUCCACUGGACUUGGAUUGACCUCGGUUCCUGCCAAACUGAAAGUUUUCCAACCGUUUUUUGCUGUGCUGAAUUUGCCGUUCAGCAUUGUCCGCUUCGAGAAUCUCACAGCUGAAGUCCUUGUGUUCAACUACAUGUCGCAGCAGCAAGAUGUGACGGUUCAACUGGAAAUCCGCAAUCCCGACAACACCACCGCUGUAUUUAAGAAGAACGUCGUUGCCAAGCCUAGCGAAGGCACCACAGCUGCCUUCACGGUCAUCCCGCAGCAGAUUGGUGACCUAACUUUAAAGGUCACCGCUCAGUCGACAUUUGCGGCGGACCAGCUGGAAAAGACGCUUCCCGUCAAACCCGAAGGAGUGAAGCAGUAUUUCACGCGACCGGUAUUUCUUGAUCUUCGCAAAUCGUCUCCGCUGAAUAUUCCCGUGGCGCUGCCAGCCAAUCCGACCGGCAAAGUGGACGGCUCCGAUAAAGUGGAGGUGCGCGUGGUGGGCGAUAUUUUGGGUGCAGCGAUGAACAAUUUGGACAAGUUGAUUCGCUUGCCUACCGGGUGCGGUGAACAGAAUAUGGCCACUACGACGCCGAAUCUGGUCGUCGCCAAAUAUCUCAAACAGAUCAACAAGUUGGUUGAGCCGCAAAAAUCGAAACUUAUAGCUAACAUGCAGCUGGGUUAUCAGCGAGAAUUAAAGUACCGCCACAGCGAUAACUCCUACAGCGCCUGGGGACCAUCCGAUCCGAAAGGCUCGACUUGGUUGACUGCCUAUGUUGCCCGGGUUUUCGCUGAAGCUGUGGAAUUUGUUCCCAGUAUUGAGGAUGAUGUGAUAAAAACAGCGCUGCGUUUUCUGGUCGAUCAACAGAACGAUGAAGGGGCAUAUAUUGAAAACGGAAAGGUCAUCGAUAAACAGCACCAAGGCGGCGCUUCCUCGGGAGUGGCUUUGACAGCUUAUUGUGUUCUGUCCUUUUUGCAGUACAAGGAGUCUGGCAAAGCUUCCGUAUCGAGGUUUGACGAAUCCGUUAAGACAGCUGUCACGUAUUUGGAAUCGAAAUUCACCAGUUUGAACAAUGAUUCGUAUUCGCUAGCCAUCACCGCAUAUGCUUUAGCGCGGGCGAAGAGUGCCAAGAGCGCUAUGGCAUUGGAUCUUUUGGAACAGAAGAUGAUAAAAAACAGCACAGCGGCAUACUGGACCACGGUUGCUUCUCUUUCGGAUCAGGGGGCGGAUGCUGACCAUUCAUAUCCGACCAAUGCCAAGGAUGUCGAGGCCACCGCUUACGCCUUGUUAGCGUAUAUGGCAAACGAUAAACUGUCUUCAGCGCUUCCGGUUGUCACUUGGCUUAUAUCCAAACAGAAUGCUGAGGGUGGUUUUGUGUCUACACAGGAUACUGUUGUCGGCUUGAUGGGAUUAGCGGAGUUCGCUAAGGUGUUCGUCAAUCCACCGACAAUGCAGCUGGAUAUCAGCUAUGAUGAGGCUAAACGCAGUCUCUCUGUCACUCCAGAUACCGCCGUCGUUCUGCAGACCAUCGAGCUUCCCAAUAAACCCAAAGCAAUUUCCCUGAAUGCUCAAGGAAAAGGCGUGGCACUGGCUUAUGUGAGCUGGACAUAUCACGUUGCCAAACCGGCUGAAGAAGUUGCGUUCGAUCUCAAUUUGACCACUACCGCGUCAAAAUCUGACCUUCGAAUGGGAAUUUGCAGCAGGUAUCUACGCGAAGGAAAGAGCAGCAUGGCCGUAAUUGAGGUCAACACACUUUCUGGCUACCAGUUUGAUGAGGAUGAGAUUGGCAAGCUAACCAGAAUCGUUCCCAGUUUGCGUAAAACCGAAUUCGAAAACAAGGACACAAAGGUCAACUUAUACUUCGACCAGCUGGAACAGGCGCCCACAUGUUUGAAAUUGACCAUGUACCGUAUCUACAAAGUGAAGGAUUUGAAGGAUCAAAGCGUGGUGGUGUACGAUUAUUAUAACCCCAAAGAAAGGCGAACUGCUUCCUACAGUCUGUUGUAACUGACUAAUUUAAAGGCCUUUGUUAAUUAAUAUGGGACAUUUGAUGCGAGUUUUAAUUAGAUAUCGCUUGGUUGGAUUUUGGAUCUAGUUGAUUUCACUGUGAAUUUGUGAUGGUGAUACCGGGUUAUUGUGCAGGGGAAUCAUGGUGCACUUCCAGCUAAGUCGAUCGCACCUGACACAUUUGUUUAAAAUGUAGUGCGUUGUUUUUCCAGAUUUUUUAUUACUGAGGAACAGCCAAUGCUGAGUAGAUUAAGCAAUCUUUUGAUGCUUGACUUGGUGAUAUAAAUUAAAUACA